AUGGAAAAAGAUAAUCAAUUUGUACUUCCUGGUCAGGUUAUUUUCGAAAAUAGUGAAGGACUUAUGCCAGGUAAUGGUGUAGUUUUGUCAAAUGGAAAAAUCAUUGCCACAGUUAGAGGUUUUAUCAAAAUUAUCAAUCAAUUAGUUUCCGUAACACCAAUGACAUCUAUUUAUUCCCCAAACGUAGGAGACAUAGUUGUUGGUCGUAUUGAAAGCAUUCAAAAACAAAGAUGGAGAGUUCAAAUUGGAGCUGCUGUUUUAGCUGACCUUAGGCUCUCAUCAAUCUUUCUUCCUGAUGGAGAAUUACGUAGAAGAACUACUACAGAUGAAAGAAAUAUGAGGCAAUACUUUGAUGUCGGAGAUUUAAUUUGUGCUGAAGUUCAAAAUAUAUCAGGCGGUACAUCCUUACAUACUCGUGAACAGCAUCCUAAAAAGCUUGAGAAUGGUAUAGUUGUAGAUGUCCCAUCCCGCCUUAUUAAAAGAGUUCCUAACCAUAUUGUUGUUCUAGCAUUUUCAGGUCUUCGCUUUAAUGUAGUUUUUGGUCUUAAUGGAUCUAUUUGGAUUUCACCAGAUACUGAUGAAGCUUAUCCAUUAAUUCCAAGAAUCAGAAAUUGCAUCUUACUUUUAGCUACAUAUGAGCAACUAGUAUAUAGCGAUAAUGUAUGCCAAGUCUUCGACAAGACAUCUGAAAUACCUAUUGCUGAUAUUUUAACAGUUAAAACAGCUCAGAUACUUGGCUUUGUUCAACAUGAUGAAGAAUAA